UUUGGUUGUUUUUUUUUUUUUUGAAUGUUCUCAAAGCAAAUAUCAGAAGUUUUACUGAUAUAUAUGGAAUCACUUUUAAUAUUUUUAGGAUUUUUUGGGGAACAUUUUUACUCAUUUUUAAAAAAUAUUUACAAGGAUUUUCUUACCUAAUUUGGGGGACUUUUUUUAAAAUAUUUUUUAAGGGAAACUUUUAAGGAACUGUUGGAAUUUUCUUCCUAAAAGUUUUGCAAAUUUACAGAAAUUUGGGUUUUUUUCCAGACAUGGAAACAAUAUUUUUUGGUGCUUAGUGAAUGUAAAGCAGUAGAUAAGAGUAAUUACCUGAGGCAUAAUAUACAUUUCCAGUCUAGCAGUUCAUAGGAUAACUGGAUUUAGGUGGUAAAUUUUGCCAAACCCUGAAAAUGUUUUAUUAUUCACUAAAAAUAACGUGUUUGUACGUGUUAACGUGUUCUUUUGUAUUUUAUUUUCCUUCAAAAUUCUAAUUAAUAGUAAUAAUUAUGUUUGUCCCAAGUCAUGUUAUUCCAAUAAAUUGUCACUAGGUGGCAGUAAUCAACUGUAAAUCUAUUGGUCACCUCAGUUUGUAGCUACGGUAGCCUCUUAGGAUCAGAAAGGAAAUUACUGCUAAAAAGGAACGAACCACUUCGUUCUCUAACGAAUAUUUACUACUUUUCGCAGCUCAGUAAUACCUUAAAACUGGCUGAAGCAACGUAAUACUCACACAAAGCGUCGUAUAAAUAAAAUACUAUGAUGUUAUGGCCACAGUUUGUCAAAUGAUGCUAAAAGGAUGUUUAAUGGAGCCAUCUAUGUGCUAAACGUUUUGCUAACUUUGGCUAGUUAGCCGCUGAGGUUAUGACAGAUGUGCACCCAGACAGCUCUGGAGGACACAAAUCAAAUCGGACAGUUGGCCAUCAUCGCUCACCGGAGACUCCAACAAGAGCGUGAGGCUUAAAGUGCUUUGACCAUCUAUUCACCUCAGCCAAGGUGGUUGUUUUCAGUCUCCACACUUUGUUUCCACAAAGUUUGACAUAUUCCUGUCUGAAAGCAGCACUCGACUCUAUAAAAGAGGUCAUCUACAGUAGUACUGCUGGCUGCUAGAGGCUCUUUAAUGAUUCAUGUCUUAACUUAAAAUCACAUUUAUUCUCAGAGUUGUUGUUGUGAAACAUUAAACGUAUGAUUGUGGAAUUUAAUAUAAAUUUCGGUGCAAAAUGGAUCUCAUACACGGGUUUCUGCCACCUUCAGGAAGUUCUUUGAGGUUUCAGCUUAAUUAAUGUGCUGUGAAUAUUAUUGUAGUCUGUUAUUUUAUAAUGGUAUUUGGUUCCAAUGACCUAGAUUAUAUCACAUUAUACAGUUUAUCCAUAAUCUGAGCAGCAGUUUGGAAUGAAAGGUCCAUUUGGAAACCAUGUCGCAGAUUAGUAUUUAAACUAUUUAAGUAUUUAUGCAGUUUCAAUAUAGAAAAAACCCAAUAUUAGUAUCAUCCUUUUAAAACACACUAAUCCACCAAAUCUUUGUUUAUUGUUUUCAAAUCACUUUCAAAGUUUCCGCUAUUAUCAGCUUUACAGUUUCCACAGAGCUCUGACCCAUAAUGUUUUGCUGCUGCCAAGAAAAUUCUGAUUGUUUUGGUGACUUCGCCGUCAUAAAUCAAAGUAAUCCACUGGAUCCUCAGUGUCUUGGGUGCUGAGAGUGCAUGAAGACUCUUGUGUUCACUCUUGGAGCCAACAGCAGAACAUUUGGUGCAUUUUGUUCAUUGCUGAGACAUUUCAGGGUCAGCAGAAGCAGAUUUGGCAAAUACCUGAUGGACUGUGACGCAGCUGCAUGGCUCACUGCACGGAAUGACCAGCGAGGCAACAAGAAUAUGCUCAUUUUUAGCUACACUACUAUUGGUUAGCCAGUUUUGCUUUGUUGUAAAGAUAUUAGACUGUCUAGUUAAGAAUGGGCUGGAGCAGGGGUGUCAAACAUGCGGCUCAUGGGCCAAAAUCGGCCCUCCAGAGGGUCCAAUCCGGCCCGCAGGAUGACUUUGUAAAGGAUAAAAAUUACAGAGAAGACAUUAACCGCAGAUUGUAAAAUUGUAAAACUAUAAAUUUAAAAUAAUUUCAAGAUGUUGACAAAUUGUUUUGAUCAUUAAGUUAAAUACUAGAUUGCUCAUUGUUCUUUUGUUGAUUUGUGUCACAUUUUUUGUAAUAGUUUGUCUUGUUUUUGUUUUUUUGACUGCCUUUGUUCGUUUGUCUCAUGUUUUUGUCAUUUUAUUUCUUUUUUUUAAUCAUUUUGUGUUUCCUUUUUGCCUCGCUUGUGUUGUUUGCCUACUUUUUUAUCGUUUUGUUUCUCAUUUUUGGGAUAUUUUGUCGUAUUUUUGUUGGGGGUUUUUUUGUCUCUUUUUGUCUGACUUUUGACAUACUAUAUCAUUUAGUUCCAGAUACCUGUGACUAAACGUUUUGUGUUUGUAGAUAAACUGUGAUCUGUAUGUUGUAAUGAGUAAAUGAUAAACUUAUUUUUCUUAAGAAAUUUCAGGUUGUUCAUAGUGUUUUGUGAAAAGAUAAUUAAUUCAAUGUGAACAUUUUCAGAAUAAACUUUUUUGCUCUAGAACAGGAACAAUUUGAAGUUGUGGUUAUUUAUGGGUUGUUAUGCUCUGAUUUUACUGGAAAUCAAACUGGACUGAAUGUGUCUCCUGAACUAAAAUGAAUUUGACACCCCUGGGCUGGAGGAAUGGCAGAAGUGAACACAUUCAUAUUGUUACAGCUUUUAUUUUACUUCCCCAAGCUUUUAAAACAUGGAAAAUGUAAUAAAAAUAGAUUUUUACCAUAUGAGACCUUUAAAGUGGAGGAGUUUAUCAUCUAAUUCAAAAAAAUAAAUCCAUCAUUAAAGUGAGUAGAUGCCACGUGAACAUUCAAAUAGUUUAUUUCUCCCCAAAAUGAGUCACAGAACAGUAAAUCACGACCGUAUGGGACACUAAAUAAGAAAAGUUGAUCCACAGGAGAAUACUUGAAAGGAACACUGAAAUGUCACCUGGUCUCUGAAUUCUAUGGUCUGCUUUGCGUAAUUCCCUCAGAAUGCAGAAAAGGAACAAAGCAGUGCGUAAAAAGUCACCUGAAUUUCUGAAAAUGAAGAGUUUGACUCUCCAAAAUCCCCCAGUUCUCAACGUCUUGUGCUCCCCCUUGUGCGCUUCCAGUCAUAUGACCCAUUCGGCACCAGAGAGGCGUUCCGCUCACGAACUGCAAGCUCAGCAAGGAGGAGGCAGCCUCCACGUUCUAGCGGACGGAUCCAACUUGGUGGGACACUUCCGAUACCUUUUAGGUCCCUCAGAAGUUACUGAACUGCAGCUUUCGUGCGGAACUGAAUCCCCUGGUGCUGAUUUGCAUGUUUUUUUCUGCGGUGAAUAAAAAAGCCCCCUCGCGUGUAUUGCAGCUGCAGGAUAUUUAAAGUUUUUUUUUCCAGCCUGAGGGAGAAAAUUGUUGUGGGGCUUCUAGAUUAGUUUGCAUUUGGCAUCCUUUUCCUGUAACCAGACACGACGCGUUGUGGCUAAGCGGAGUCUGGCACACUUUUACGCGCUUUAUCGUUUUUGCGCAUCACCAAGCGGAGCGCAAGGAUCUCGUUUUCUAAACUCCACUGCAAAAAACUGCCACAUUAACCAAGGAUUUCGCCCUGAAAAGAUCCCGAAACAACCCGAGCUGUAUCUCCUCGUUUGCAGUAAAAACCACGUCAUUCUGUCAGACAGCUCCCCCUCCUUUUCCUCCCUGCUGGAGCAACAUCCACAGCUUAGGAAGCAACUGGGUGAAGAUUUUUUUUUCUGGAUCCCAAUCAUGAUGACCGGAUUUCGGCUCAACUUGUCGCCCCUGAAGGAGCCUCUGGGCUUCGUUAAACUGGUGGAGUGGCUCACAGCCAUAUUUGCUUUUGGAACCUGUGGUGGAUUCUCUGGGAGGAACAUCGUAUCUCUCUUCUGUGGAGAUGGCAGGAACGAAACGCUCAACGCCAACUUUAACUACCCGUUCAGGUUGAGCGAUGUCCCGCUCAUCAAUGAAAACACCACUCUUUGUAACCGCUCCGUCGCCACCACACACAUGGUGGGAGACUCGACCUCCUCAGCGGAGUUCUUUGUGGGCGUCGGUAUCAUCUGCUUCCUGUACAGCAUGGCGGCUCUGCUGGUUUAUUUGGGCUACAUGCACGUCUACAAGGACUCUGAUUUUGGACCUAUUUUUGACUUUGCGAUCACAGCAAUCCUGGUCUUCCUGUGGCUGGUGUGUUCAUCCGCCUGGGCAAAGGGCCUGCAGAACGUGAAGGACGCCACGGACACUGAAGGCAUCAGCGGCACGUUGGCGCUCUGCAAAGGCAACAACGUCACCUGUGAGGUCACGGAGUUCGCCAGCAUGCGAGCCCUCAACAUCUCAGUGGUGUUUGGCUUCCUCAACAUGUUUAUUUGGGCGGGUAACGCCUGGUUUGUGUACAAGGAGACUCGUUGGCAUGCCCAGAAAUUCUCCCAUCCUGGACCAGCAAGGCAGCAGGUCCCUGCACCGAUCUAACAUCCAUACGGGAAGACAUACUAAACAAACAAUGCACGCACCGAAAAACACACUUCCAGUACACACUCAACUAUGCAUACAUGUUUACGUAUAUGCAUACACAAAUGUGCAUGAAAGCAUUUUUAAACAUACAUGCACACAAAAAAUGCUCAGUGAAGACAGAUAAAAUGAAGGAUAGAUUCAUUGAUCAUACAUUGAACUGUUGUUUUGCUUGAUUUGGACCCAAUUAUUGGCAUUUUGUGACCUAGAAUGACUUGAUGUCCCGUCAUUCUUUGCACAUUUGUACAGUUCUGAAGGAAAUGUACAUACAAAUACCAAUAAAAUAUUCCUCUGUGGAAAUAAGUAGGACCAAGUAGGCAGAAGAUGCUGUCCCACUUGAUGUUUAAUGUGCCUUUAUUUUUUUUCCUGUUACACAAACUACAACAACACCAAUGCAAUUAGGAUGCCAAAUACUUUUGAACAUUUCUUAUGCUUUAGGAAAUGUCUAGAUUUAGAUUUUAUAACAGUUUUGUGUCUUGUUUUUUUUUAGGAAUUUUACACUUUUAAUUCCAUUUUCUGCUUGAGUUUAACACACUUAAUUCAAUACAGAUGAGUGUAAGGUACUCUAAACUUAUUCUCUAUGACGUCAGACUUACAUUUUUAGUGAGGAGAAGGUAAUUCGAGGUUUUCAGGGUAACACAGAGAGGAGUACUAUUAACUGUGAGGCAUCAUUUGACUUUUUUUUUCUCUGUUCCAUUUUAUUUUCAUGGAUUUUUUAAGUAUUUUUAUGCCUAAAGAAGCAAGUGGAUCGCUCAAAUAUUCUUUCAUUUCUAUUAAUUGGCUCUCUCACAGUUAAACCAUUCACCCUCUACUGGUAGAAAUCAGAUAUUGCGAAUUUCAACUUAGAAACUAAACUCGAAAGUGUCUAAAGAGUCUCUUUUCUUGUCGUGUAUUGAUAAAAAUGCAUGUGUGAAAGCUUUUCUUCUUGCAGGUUUUCUGAUUUAGCUCAUUUUUGAAGCUUCCACGUAUUGAAGACUCUGCAAAGUGCCUCCAGCUUAAAUCUCGAGAAUGUACUUUGUGCAUUUAAUGUUUGAUGUUUUUGUUAUUCAUUCACACGUGGUGCUUCAUGUGAUUUUAUAAAGUCCUUUAUAGCUCUGUGAAUGUCAUUCCAUGAAGAGUUUGCUUCUAUGUUAGUCCAGGAAAUCAUCUUCUUCCAAGGUACCAGUUUGCAGAUGGAUCCUUUUGUCAUCAUCUUGAAUGUAUGAGUAACAUCCUAUUUACUAUUUAAUUGUAAUUUUCACUUUUUUCAUAACCGAAAGAUAUUCUGCCAAAUCUUUUUCUCCUCUGUUCGAGCUUGUUUCAUAUCUCCAUGUGAUGCUAAAUCAAUUAUUUUGUUGUUGUUCCAUUCAGAACAUCUUGUUCUCCAUUAUCUGCUUUUUUUUUUACUAUUUUUAUUUUAUAAUCCAUCACGAGACACACAAACGAUGAGCUGGUUUUGUGUUUUUAGGAACUGUUUUUCACUUUUAGUAUAUGCAGAUUGUUAGGCUGAGUAAUGUGAUUCUGUUUUCUUUGUUUGUCUGUUGGGUUUUGAUAUAUUAGUAAUGUAAGAUGAUGUAAAUUCCUUUAACCUUAUCCAUAAACAAAGUUAAAUGAAGCGUCCAGUGAGUGUGUGCGUGGUGUACUGGUUAUACCUCCACACUGCUGCAAACAUCAUCCGACCAGCUACAGCUUUCUAAUGAUUCCUAUGCAUUUAACCUGCCUAAAUGUCUUAUUCAAGAGAGAUAUGCACUCAGUGACAUGCACAAAUCCAAUGUAUUUUUUGUUUUUUUUUCAAUAAAAGCGAAUGAUUUUUU